AUGACUUGGAGCAACUUCCACGUCGGAAGAGACUGUGGUCAUGUCAAGUGGUCUCGAAACAUCACACCCAAAUUGACCGUCUCAUCAGGCCAGACUGUCACUUUUGAUGCUAUUGAUAGUAGCAACGGCCAACUGACACCAACCUCGGAUGCUUCAGCUAUCAGCACAUUGGAUCUCGGUCUCGCCAACCCUGUUUUCGGUCCCAUUGUCGUACAGGAUGCUCAACCGGGUGAUGUUCUAAAGAUCGAAGUACUCGACCUCGAAGUCGCAGACUGGGGUUGGUCCGCCAUCAUUCCCGGCUUCGGUCUUUUGGCCGAUGAAUACACAGAGCCGGAAAUCAAGAUCUGGUCUCUCGACCGCGAGAAGGGCUACGCACAGUUUAAGAACAUGCGUAUUCCUCUCCGUCCCUUCCUCGGAUGCAUGGGGCUGGCCCCCGGCAACGACGAAGAGCUCUCAACCGUCCCACCUACCCACCACGGCGGUAACAUGGACUGCCGUGAACUCAGCGUCGGCUCCACCGUCUACCUCCCAGUCCAAACAGCCGGUGCCUUCUUCAGCUGUGGUGACGGACACGCAGCCCAAGGCCUCGGUGAGGUCUGCGGCACUGCCAUCGAAACUCCUAUCCGGGCAACCUUGCGUUUCGAACUUUGCAAGAACCAGCCUUGGGUGACAGCACCCCAAUACCAGACACCCCCUCGUGCGCAAAUACCCAACCCGUUGCCGGAUCUUGGGACCUACGGUGCUCUCGGAGUCUCGUCGGACUUGUUCCAGGCCGCGAAGAGCGCCACACAGAACCUCAUUCAGUGGCUGGUCUCCACUAAGGGUCUUACUCGGAGUGAAGCCUAUAUUCUGGCAAGUGUAGCCGGGGACUUGCAAAUCGUCGAAAUUGUCAACGUGCCUAACUUUGAGGUAUCGAUGAGUGUUCCGUUGGGUAUUUUCAGUUAA